CCGGCGCGGACCGGAAGCGAGCGGGCGGCGGCGCGCGGAGCGGAGCGCGGCCGGGAGCGCGGGGGAAGCGCCAUGGGGGACAGCGACGACGAGUACGACCGGCGCCGGCGGGACAAGUUCCGUCGGGAGCGCAGCGACUACGACCGCUCGCGGGAGAGGGACGAGCGGCGGCGUGACGACUGGAGCGACCGAGACUGGGAUCGGGGCCGGGAGCGCCGCAGCCGGGGCGAGUACCGGGAUUACGACCGGACACGCCGGGAGCGGUUCUCGCCCCCUCGCCACGAGCUCAGCCCCCCCCAGAAACGCCUGCGCCGCGACUGGGAUGAGCACAGCGGGGAUCCCUACCACAGCGGCUACGACAUGCCCUACAGCGGGGGGGGCGCCGGCCCCACCUACGGCCCCCCCCAGCCCUGGGGGCACCCCGAGAUGCACGUCAUGCAGCACCACAUCCUGCCCAUCCAGGCCAGCAGACUGGGGAACAUCGCGGAGGUGGACCUGGGCAUGGCCCCCCCGGUGAUGAAGAGCUUCAAGGAGUUCCUGCUCUCCCUGGACGACGCCGUGGACGAGACGGAGGCGGUGAAGCGAUACAACGACUACAAGCUCGAUUUCCGCCGCCAGCAGAUGCAGGAUUUCUUCCUGGCCCAUAAAGACGAGGAGUGGUUCCGCUCCAAGUACCACCCGGACGAGGCGGGGAAGCGGAAGCAGGAGGCGCAGGCGGCCCUGAGGAACCGCCUCAACGUCUUCCUCUACCUCUCGGAGAACGGCUGGUUCGACAACCUGCUCCUGGACAUCGACCGCGCCCCCGCCAUCAUCAAAACCCUCGAUGCCGCGGUGAUUAAGAUGGAAGGGGGGACGGAGAACGACCUGCGCAUCCUGGAGCAGGAGGAGGAGGAGGAGCGGCAGGAGAAGGCCGAAGCGGCCAAGAAGGAGGAAGCCCGACCCCCUGACGCCGACCGCAAGGAGAAGGAGGAGAAGGAGGAGGGAAAGAAGGGCGAGGGGGAGGCGCCGAGCGAGGAAAAGGCCAAGAAGGGGCCGGAGGAGGAGGAGGAGAAGGAGAAGGGACGGAAGGAGGAGGAAGGGGACAAGGAGGGCAAGAAGGCCAGCAAGAAGCGGCCGCGGCAGCGCAACGGGGACGACAGCGACGAGGGCAGCGCCAGCGACUCCGAGAGCGAGGGCGAGGGCGGCCGCGGGGACAAGGACGAGGAGAAGGGGAAGGAGGAAAAGGCCCGUGAGGAAGAGGGGGGGCCGGCGGCGCCGAAGGCCAAGGAGAAGGAGAGCGGGGGGGGGACGGAGCCCAAACCUCGCCCCCUCCACAAAACCUGCUCCCUCUUCAUGCGCAACAUCGCGCCCAACAUCUCCCAGGCCGAGAUCGUGGCGCUCUGCAAGCGCUACCCCGGCUUCAUGCGCGUGGCUCUGUCGGACCCCCAGCCCGAGAGGAGGUUUUUCCGGCGGGGGUGGGUCACCUUCGACCGCAGCGUCAACAUCAAGGAGAUCUGCUGGAGCCUGCAGAACAUCCGGCUGCGGGACUGCGAGCUGAGCCCCGGCGUGAACCGGGACCUGACGCGCCGCGUGCGCAACGUGAGCGGCAUCACGCAGCACCGCCCCAUCGUGCGCAACGACAUCAAGCUGGCGGCGCGGCUGGUGCACGCCCUGGACGGCCGCGCCCAGCUCUGGGCCACGCCCGGCCACGCCCUCGGGGGGGCCGCGCCCCCGGGGGGCGGGGGGACGGCGGGGACGACGGGGGACGCGCCACCCCCCGCCUCCGCCACCCCCCAGAACCCCGAAGGGGGGGACGGGGACGCUGCCGCCGCCGCCGGGGCGGUGGGGUGGCAGAACCCGGUGCUGAAGCACAUCACGGAUUACCUGAUCGAGGAGGUGAGCGCGGAGGAGGAGGAGCUGCUGGGCCGCGGCGGGGGCGACGCCGAGGAGGGGCCGCGCGAGGCCAACCCCGCCGAGGUCACCGUCGAGCGCGACGAGAAGCUCCUCAAGGUGCUGGACCGGCUGCUGCUCUACCUGCGCAUCGUGCACUCGGUGGAUUACUACAACACCUCCGAGUACCUCAACGAGGACGAGAUGCCCAACCGCUGCGGCAUCGUGCACGUGCGGGGCCCCCUGCCCCCCAACCGCGUCUCCCACGGAGAGGUGGCGGAGUGGCAGAAGAGCUUCGAGGAGCGGCUGGGGCCGCUGCUGGCGGGGCGCGAGGCGCUGCCCGAGGAGGAGGCGCAACGCCUGGGCCGCAAGGACCCCGAGCAGGAGCUGGAGAAGUUCGUCACCGCCAACACCCAGGAGCUGGGCAAGGACAAGUGGCUCUGUCCCCUCAGCGGCAAGAAGUUCAAGGGCCCCGAGUUCGUGCGCAAGCACAUCUUCAACAAGCACGGGGAGAAGAUGGGCGCCGUGCGCAAGGAGGUUUUGUUCUUCAACAACUUCCUCAUGGACCCCAAGCGCCCGGCGCUGCCCGAGGGCAAGGGGGGGCCCCCCCCCGGCCCCGCCCAGGGCCUGGCCCCGGGGCUGCCCUACCCCCCCCAGACGCCGCAGGGGAUGAUGCCCUACGGGCAGCCCCGGCCCCCCAUCCUGGGCUACGGAGGCGGCCCCCCCUACCCCCCCGGGCCCUACGCCGCCGGUCGGGGCAACUACGACACCUUCCGGGGCCAGGGGGGCUACCUCAACAAACCCCGCAGCAGGAUGGUUCGGGGCGACCCCCGGGCGAUCAUCGAGUACCGCGACCUGGACGCCCCCGAGGACGUCGACUUCUUCUAGCGCCCCUCCCCCCCCCGCCCCCCCACCCCCUUUUGAUACGCCCCUCCCCCACCCCCCACCCCCUUUGUACAUCAACCCCCCCCCCCCAGCCCCCCACCCCCCAAUAAAUGGCCCCCCUGUGGGGCAGCACCCACUCGA